AUGACUAACUUUUUUAUCAUAAUUUUAUUUAAGCAAUUGAAAUUUAUAUUUAAUUUUGAAAAAAUGAUUUUUCUAGCUCUUUCCUUGUUGUUUGCCAAAGGCUUAAAUCUUACUUGCAGUUCAUCGAUUUGUCCAGAUAUUCAAGUAAUUUUUAAAGUAGAAAAGUAAUCGCCAGUGCAAUCCUGAAUGCAUGACAUCCUAUUGUGACUAUGACACUAGCGCUCAGUUCUUUGGUUCAAUUGAUAAAAAACAAUCAGAUUGCUAUGAAAACUGUGUUUUAGAUGGUUGCGAUCCCCAAAAUCUAGGAAAUGGAAUCUGCGAUGCGUCUUGUAACACUGAAAACUGCGGGUAUGAUUGAGGCGAUUGCACUUGUUCCCCAGGGUGUUUAAAUUCUAUGCUUGGUGACGGAAAUUGUGACGAAAAAUGUGAUAACUGAAGCUGCGACCUUGAUAAUCAUGACUGUGGACAGUGCGCAGAUGGAUGCUUUCCCGCCAUGCUAGGAAAUGGAGUAUGCGAUUCUGCUUGCAAUAAUGAAGAUUGUUUAUACGAUUAUAAAGAUUGCCAAUGUUCAGAUAAUUGUAAAUGGACAGAUUAUGGAAAAUGCAAGCCAGAAUGCAUGACAUUAAACUGCAAUUAUGACAAAGUGGACCAAUAUCCUAACAACUGAUGCCAAAACAAGUCAUUAGCUAUUUUUUCAUCCUAUCAGCAAAUUAUCCGGAAUGAUUUUUCAUAUGUUGUGCAUCUAGAGGACUGUUAUAAAGCUUCUAAUUAUACAUGCUCAGCAGAAAAAGCAUUAAAUUUUUUAAAUUGUUAUCAAGAGUGCAAUAUUUUAGAAUGCAAUUAUGCCAAUGGCAACUGCGAAAAUUAUCGCAAUUAUUAUUGCCGUCGGUCUUAUAAUAAUUUUAGUGGGUGCCUCUCAUGCAUAAACAAUAUAGUUCAAGUUGUUACUUAUUUAUGAAAUCAAGCUUGUACAGCAUAUAUAAAUUGAGAUGUAGGCACCUGGCUAUUACCUGAUGGAUCACUUGUAAAGAUGCUUCCAAAUGAUACUUCGUCAGCAAAAAACCCUCAUGUUUAUUUUGUGAAGCCAAGUCAAAAUGCUAAUUGAAUAAGUGGGAAUGGCACUUAUUAUUCUCAAUUUUCAUCUCUAAGUUAUGCACUUUCAAAUGUUCUGUAUAGGUAUUCGAUUAUUUAUUUAUCUCAAAGCAAUUACUAUACUGAACAGCGGCCUAUAAAAUAUAAAAAUCGUUACACGGGUAAUCAAUAUCACAACCCAAAACAUAUUUUUGGAUUUUUAACUUCAAGAAAUAUAAAAAUUAAACCUUUAGAUAAUUCUCCAAUCACUAUAAAAAGAGCAAAAAACGAUAUUUCUCUGUCAAUUUUUUGAUUUCCUUUAACAGAUAUUUCAAAUUUAGAAGUAAAUAAUGUCAUUUUUGACUGGAAAAAUACAGAUUCCUUUUGUAAUAAUGAUAAUUACUGCGAUUAUUGCCCUAUUGUUACAACAAGCUCAGAUUUAAGUAUUUAUUAUAACGAUAGAGAUGAAAGAAUUGGGGCGUUUUUACCUAUUUCUUGAUGUUCAAUGAAUAACGCUAUAAAUUUUUUUGAUGUUAUAUCAAGCAAUUUAGUGUUUAACAACGUGAGUUUUAUAAAUUUUCGAACAGAUUUUAAUUCGAUUUUUUGGAUCACAAAUGGCAGCAACCUGACUCUCAAUAAUGUCACGUUUGAUAAUAUUAAAGUUCAUAAUAACGAUAAUUCUGCGAUUAUUUCAUGGAACAGCCUAGGAUGCCUACAAUUUAAUAAAGGCACUGUGAGUAGGGUCAAUAAUGGAUAUGAAAUAAAGGAUUCAAUUCAUAUGAAAGGAUUUUUAAAUGUGAUUUUUUCGAAAUCUAUUUCUUUGAGAAAUGUUAAUUUUAUGUAUAACGUAGUGCUGGAACCGCAAUUAAUUUCUACGAACAGAGGCACUUUAUUAUUUCUAAAUAUAUUUCAGAUGUUAGAAAUUGAUUCUUGCAUUUUUAUAUAUAACUAUUGCGAGUUUGGAAUAAUAAAUAUACAACCUCAAUAUUAUGAUUUUAGUAAUGAAACUAAUGACGAUGGAGAAAUUAUUUAUUCAACUCUUAAUCAUAUUCAUAUUGUGAACUCAAAUUUUACAUCAAACUAUGGGAAAGUGGCAGGAGUACUAUACUCAUAUUAUAAAUAUGAGCCUCAGAAUUUAUUAAUUAAAAAUUCAUCAUUUACUUUGAAUGGGAUUGAAACUGGACCUUUGAUAUAUAUUGAAAGUGAUUAUAUCAACCAAAAAUAUUUAUCAGAUUUUAUUUUAGAAAUCUCUGUUAAUGACCAAAAUGUUACUGAAGGAAAGCACUUAGCAAAAUGAUUAAAAAUUCAAAACUCAAGCUUUGUUGAAAAUUACUCUGCUAGCAGUGGUAUCCUUGAAAUUGUAAAAAUGAUUAAUAUCGAUUUAAGGGACAUUUUUAUGGUUUCAAAUGGCGUAAUUUCAUCUGAAUCUAUGAAUUCUAACUCAAUAAUUUUGAAAUACUUUAUUGAAAAUCCAGAUAUGUAUAUAAAGCUCAACGCUACUGAUCCUCCAGAUUUAAAUUGUGAGUCUUUAUCAUCAAUAUCAGAUUCAAUUAACUUUAGUCUAGACAAAGUGAGCAUUCUAAAUAAUUAUUGUAAAAACUAUUUGCCAGGAAUUAUUAUAUCAAAUACAAUAAAUUCAACAAUAAGCUCAUCAAAUUUUGAAAACAACUAUGGAUCAGGUUCCAAUGGGAUUUGUUUAACACUAAAUAAAAAUGCGUCUAUGACUAUUAAGGACUCAUUUUUCAUCUCAAAUAAAAAUAAUCAGCCUAGAAAUCCAGGUGUGAUAAAUAGUUUUUCCGAUUUAUUGUUACAAAAUUGUUCAUUUUUAGAUAAUAUCGCAGAUUUAGGUGGAGCUUUGUAUUUUGUAGGUCAGAACCUUAGAAUUAUCUCUUCACAUUUUGAAUCAAAUAAAUCGCCUAGUUUAAAUGGAGGCGCUGUUUAUUAUUCUUUAUCUCUUUACGAUGUCAAGGACUUUUUAUUUUCUAUCAUGAAAACAACUUUUACAAGCAACUCCUGCACUCUCAAUGGCGGGGGAAUUUUCAUAUCAAAAAGUUCUUCGGUAGAAUUCUUAUUAACGCUGAAAAUUGAUAAUACUGAUUUUUAUAACAACAAGGCAUAUGCAGGCUCUUCGCUUUUUAUUGACGGAAAUGUCCAACUUUCUACUGUUUCUUCAAUAAAUAAUUGUAAAUUUCAAGAAAAUAAAGCAAGCUUCUCAGGCACUAUUUGAAUUUAUUAUGUUUAUGGGUUAUUGGAAAUUAAUUCUUGCAAUUUUGUUAAGAACGAUGGGUUAUUUAGCUCAGGGUUAAAUAUAGGAAUAGGUGAAAACAAUCCUGAAAAAAUUUCAAAAUUGAUUUUAAAUUCUUGCAAUUUUCAAUUUAAUACAGGUAAUAUGACUAUAUCACUGGAUAAUCAAAAUACAAACUCAACACUAGAGACAAAUUAUUGCUUAUUUGAAUAUAAUAAUGGAUCUGUAUUUUCACUUGAUAAUGGCUAUGUAAUUGAUAAAAAUUCAAGAUUUCAGCACAAUUAUUCACCAAAUUCUGGAGGAGUUCUAAACUUAAAGAAUUCUGCUAUUUUUGUAGCUGAAAAUGCAAUUUAUAUAAACUGUAGUAGCAGUCUUAAUGGUGGAAUAGCUUCAAUUAGCUUGAAGUCUCAAUACUUUUGCUUUUCUUGCAAAUUUACAGAGAAUUCCUCAAAAUCAUCAGGAGGUGUUAUAUAUGCUGACUCAGAUGCUACAUUUCAUAUAUAUAACUCAAUACUUAAUAAAAACUCGUGUAAAAAUAGAGGAUCAGUUAUAUUUAUGGCAAGCGUACAUGCUAAUUCGUCAAUAGAUAAUUCUAAGGUAAUUGAAAACUAUUCAUACGGUGAAGGAACUAUAGCUCUUUUAGCAUCACUUAUUUCUAUUAAUUCCUCAGAAAUUUCUAAUAACUCAGUCAGCCAAAAAUACCCAGGCAUUCAUCUAGAAGACUCAAAUGCUGUGAUUGGCAACACUUCCUUUUCUAAUCAAAAUGGAGAUGAAGGCUGCUUUAUUUUGUUAAGCUCCAGUUCCGUAACGAUCAUAAAUUCAAACUUCCAUGAUGGAUUUUCAAACAAUUCUGGAGCAGCUUUGCACUCAACAUUUAGCACCCUAAAGAUUUUUUCAUCAACAUUUUUAAAUCUUUUUUCAAAUAGUGCAGGUGGAUCAAUUUAUUUAUAUGAAAGCAGCAACCUUACUCUAAAAGAUUCAAUAUUCAUAAAUUCAAACUCAUCAAUCGAUUCAUAUUCAAGCUUCAUCGAAAUAGCAAACACAUCAUUUACGAAUUAUUCAAAUUCUUGCAUUUAUGGAUCUCAAAUUAAUUUAUUAGCGGAAUCAUCCUAUUUUUUAAACGGCUAUAGCAGUACUGGAGGGGGAUUAUAUUGCUCGGACUGUAAUAAUAUUUCUAUAAUUUCAUCUGAGUUUUUCGAUAAUGCUGCUCAAAAAGGUGGAGCUAUUUAUAUAGAAAAUAAAGCUGAUCAUCUUAAUUCUUCUCAAUGCAAUAUAAAAUCUUCUAGAUUUAUUUCAAAUAUAGCUGGCAGUGGAGGAGCCAUUUGGGCAAAUAAUAUAAAUUUGAAUGUUUUUUCAUCAAUAUUUGAUGAAAAUUACGCUAAAGAUUGGGAGUCUAAAUCAGUUCAAGAAAUAAUUGAUGGAAUGGGAGGAGCUAUAAAAAUUGGCUGUGAGGAAUCAGAAAUUCCUUGCUAUUUUGAUAUUUCCUCAAACAAUUUUAGUAACAAUUGGGCGGCUUAUAAAGGAGGAGCUAUCAACUGAGAUGACUCAAGACCCAAAUUGGAAAAUAAUAAUUUUUGAAAUAAUUCAGCACUAUAUGGAAAUGAUAUAGCUUCAUUUCCAGCUAUGAUGGUGCUUCUAAAUGAUACAAACCAAAGAGCUCUUCAAUAUCAAGGAAACUCAGAAUUGAAUCUUAAUAAUAUUGCAUCUGAAUAAAAAAAAAUAUAAUAAAGUGGCUAUGAUCUGAACAAGUCAGAUUCAUAGAAAAAAAAUUCUUUCUCGUAUUUUUUAUUGCAGAGUUCAAUUUUCCUUGUGUACCUUUAUCCAUAAUCAGAUAAAAGCUCAAUACAUAGAAUAAGAUUUUUGGUUCGCGAAACAAGUAGGUUAGGCUAUUAAAGACAGUCGCUAGCCAUAUUGGUAUGCAACCACCAAAGACCUCCCAUACGGGAGGCUCAAAUGCUUUUCGACUUCAGCCCAGGAGUCUAUCUCACCAUUUAAUGUAUGUUUGCGGGAACAAGUAGCAAUAGGGUUCCUGGCAAUUAAAAAGAGAUACCCUUAGGCAGAGUACGCACUGGAUUCAGAUUCAAGCGAGGUAAUGAGUUUCAUGACUAUCUUGUUUACUUUGGCAAAAAAUAAAGAUUUUUCUAACGGUUUUGCUAUUCAACAGAGGUAGGAGUUAGGAAUGCUCGUGAUGUCACUAAUAGGAGCUAAAAAUGUGCUUUGCCUAUACCACACUGCGGAAGAAGACAUUCUAAGAACUAAAUAAUUAUGUAAGUAGCAUCUGGACAAAAUAAAAAUCCACCGUUAGCAUUUGCUUUGAUUGAUGAUAUUUCUCAGAUAAUUACAACAGAUUGCGCAAGUCAGGCCCAGCUUCAAUCUUCAAACGAUGAUUUAAUUAUUUCUGGGACGUCAAUUGCAUAUGCAGUGAACGGAAUUUUUUAUUUUAGGUCAUAUAUUAUUUCCGCAAAGCCAGGAUCUUCUAAUGAAAUUUAUGUUUUUUCUUCAGCAAUAGAAGAGUUAAAAAUGAAUAAAUCUUCUCAUUCAAUGCAAAUGUCAUCAAAAUUGCCUAUAUAUGUAAGCUUGAGGUUGUGUGAGAUUGGUGAGGCUGCUGUCGGGCUUAACUGUGAAAGCUGCCUUGAAAAUUACUAUAAUAUUGAUAGUAAAAAAUCUAACAUCCCAUAAGAAGAGUGCAAAGGCAUUUAGGGAUAAUUGCUAUUAUUAUAGUGAAAUUUCAAGUUAAUUAAAUUUUAGGCUUAUACUCUAAUAAUAAUAUUUUUUUAAAAUUUAAAUAAGAUCCUUUUUAGGUGAUAAGAUGAUUUUGAUCAAUUAAAAAGGAAUAAAGUAAGUGCUAUGACUGCCCUUCUUCCGCAAUUUGCUAUGGAAACUAUACAAUCGUUCCAAAGCAUGGCUAUUGGAGAGACAAUAAAUUCACAGAUCAUUUUUGGAAAUGUCCAUACCCACCAGCUUGUUUGGGGUCUCCAGAUAUUUCAAACUUAUCCUUUACUGGAAAAUGUGCAAAAGGAUACGAAAAUAAUAUGUGCCACUCAUGUGCAGAAGGAUAUUCUAGAUUAUAUAAAAAUGAAUGCAAAAAAUGCCCUAGCACAGUCAGUAACGCUUUUAGACUCUUACUCCCCCCCUCCGUGAGUGAACAAAACCAUUAGAAAAAUCCCUAUUUUUUGCCCAAAAACCCACCCUCCUUGAGUGAACAAAAAUUUUUUUAAUAGAAAAAUUUUUUAGUGAAAAAAAUUUUGAUAUAUAAAUGAUAAUUAGUAUAAUGAAAUCUAGAGCUAAUUCUGUUUAAUUUUAAACGAAUUGCUUUUUAAAAACAUAAAUUUUAUAAAUUAAAUUAAUAUUUGCUUUCCAAUUUUGGUGAAUUAGGAUUUUUUUUAAAUUUCAAAAAAAAAAUUUUUUAUAAAAUUUAUAUAUAAAUUUUUUUUAAAAACAAAAAAAUUAACCCCCCUCUGUGAGUGAACAAAAUUUUUUUUGUUCACUCACGGAGGGGGGGGAGUUAGGAAUUUUUAGUUUGCUUGUUUUUAUGGUGAUAGCUAUAAUAAAGACUUCAAGAAAGUCUGCAUUCGUGUCAGCAUCUUUAUCAUCUAUUUAUAUAAAAAUUUUUUGGAAUUAUUUACAGAUCAUGAUCAUAAUAGCUACUUUUAGCUUAAAUUGGCCUUAUGAAGCAGUUCAAUUAUUUUAUAUCCAGACUUGCAUGGACUAUAUAGGGGCCCAGCUAUUUUCUGUUGACUGCUUUUUGCAAUCUUUAUAUUCAAAAAAUGAUGUUUAUUAUUACAAAAUAUUAAUUACUAGUUUAACUCCUUUUUCUCUUGCGAUCAUUUGCCUGUUGUUAUGGUUGGUAAUUUAUGCAAUAAAAAAGAAAAGUCUAAUCCUCCCUUUAAAUUGGAAUAAAAUCAAUUUUUUGGUGCUUUAAUUAGAACAAAUAUUUUUUCAAUAAGUAAAUUUUAUUAUAUAAAAUUUGUUCUGACCUAAUUUAAUAGACAAAAUGCAAUUAGAAUGGCAUUUAAACAGUUUUCAAACUAAAUCAAUUAUUUUGUUAAUUAAGUCUUCAUAAAAAUAAAUUAAAAUAAGUAUUGCGAUCAAUUUAUAUUUUUUAAAAUUUCUAUUAAAUAAAAAACUGCAUUUUUAUAAAAUUAUUUUUGACAUAAUUUAAUAGAAAAAGUGUAUGUAGAACAGAUUAAUUUUUUUUUUCAUAAAAAUAAAUUAAAAUUCAAAGAAAAAUUUAUGCACAAUAAUAGAUCGCUAUACCCCAGCAGAAUACUAACCAUAAAAAAUAUGAUCCAGGCACCUACUUAUACAGUCUAAUCUGAUUAGGCAUGCUAAUACCAUAAACAGAGAUUUGUCAUUUUCGUUUUAUUUUUCAAAAAAGCUGUCAAUUAUAAAUUAAUUUUGAAAAUUAAAAUUGAUGGUCAAUGAAUGAUCUAUAAUCCGUUGGUAAAAUUUCUUAUGGACGUUAUACGCGCCAUUUUCAUAUAAAAUUUCAAAUUAUGAAUUUGCCGCACUAAAAAAAUCUGCGUUUUGAAGCGCAUAUUUUUUUUCACAAAAUGACAUGCAUAUGCAUGAUAAGAAAUUAUUGCAAUACAUAAUAAAAUAUUUCUUGGCUAUAUUGUGCUAAAUUUAUAUUUUUUUUAUAUUUAAAAUUUUUAUCGAAAAAAUUAAUCCCAUUUCAAAUUAGAACAGUAUUUUUGAUCCAAUUUAAAUAGAUUAGAGUAAGAGAGCUACCAGACGAUUACCUUUCGACAUUUACGGCUACAUUAUUUUUGAUUCACCCAAGUAUCACUAAUACAAUGUUGAGUAUGUUUAGUUGCAAAGAAAUAAAUAGCGGAGAAUACUGAUUAUAUGCAGACCUUGGAAUUAGAUGCUGGAAUGAUCAUCAUUUACUUUACGCACUUUUAUUCGCAUUACCUACAAUAAGUAUUUGGGUAAUUGCAGUCCCUGCGCUCUGUCUUAUAAAAUUAGUAAAAAAUAGAGCUAAACUUGAAGAUAUAUCAGUUAAAUUGAAAUUAGGAUUUUUAUUUAAUGGCUACAACUUAAAGCAUUAUUAUUGGGAAUUUUUAAUCUUAUACUGAAAAGCUAUUUUGAUUAUACUAUCGGUGUUUUUCUCAAAUUUUUCAACAAAUAUCCAAGCACUUACAGUAGCUUUAAUGCUUGCUAUAUUUCUCCAUAUUCAAGCUAAAAAUCAGCCUUAUUUUGAAAGUCUUAUCAAUAAAGUAGAAAUAUUUUCUAUAGUCGCUGCUCUUAUAACAAUUAUAGCUGGCCUCUUCUUUAUAACUGAUGAUUUAGAUACUAUCGGGGAAAAUAUUUUACUUGCUCUUUUAUUGCUUUUUAACUUUCUAUUUAUCAUAUAUAUAGCAAUUCAGCUUCUAAUGCAAAUUUCAAUAUUUAAAAAAUGUUUUAUCAUUUUAGCAAAUGCUUUUUACAUUAAGAACGAAAAAAAAUAUCAGGUCCGGGAUGACUUAGAUUAUAAAAAUGUUAGCGACCACGAAAGCAAGUUUAUUACAGUCGAUAUUUCAAGUGCUAAAAAUUUAUCUGAAAUUAAGUAUGAUUCAAUUUCCAUGGAAAUGGAUCCUUUUGCUUCAGAAAAUUCACAAGCUAUGAGUUAA